AUGGCUGACAACAAAGCACCGCGUUACUUCAACGCUGCGGAUGUGGAUAUGGGAACAACUCUCAUCGCUAUGGAAUUUAAUGGUGGAGUUGUAGUAGCAACAGAUUCAAGAACAAGUUCUGGAAGCUAUAUAUCAUCCCGUGCCACAGAUAAAAUUACUCCUGUAACGGAUCGAAUGGUAGUUUGUCGCUCGGGUUCUGCUGCUGACACACAAGCUGUUGCUGAUAUUGUGAAAUACUACAUCGAAAUAUACUCAUUGAUGGAAGAAAAAGAUAUCGGUAUUGGGCGUUCAGCUCAGGUUUUCCGAAAUUUUUUAUAUAAAUAUCGUGAUUCGUUAUCUGCAUCGGUUCUGGUGCUCGGCUAUGAUGAUGUAGAAGGUGGACAGUUAUACGCUAUACCUCUGGGUGGCUACGUGACUCGGCAGAGAUGUGCUUCAAGUGGUUCUGGUAGUACGUUUGUACAAGGCUUUCUUGAUAGUCAGUGGGAGCCCGACAUGACUGCCGAAAAAUGUAAGGAAUUAGUUUUGAAUGCUGUAGCAUUAGCGACAAAUCGUGAUGGUUCUUCAGGUGGUGUUAUUAGACUGGCUGUAAUUGAUAAAGAUGGCACGCAUAGAACGCUCAUUCGACCAGAUAAAACGAAUUUCCCUAAAUUUGCUGACAUCCCAGCACAUUUCACGUAUCCAAAGCACGUUAUUCAGUGA